GCUUCCUAUUUCACACGGGUCGCGUGCUCCGCGGCUUCGGAUCGAUAAAAGAGUGCAUCGAUUUUCGUGCGAACCCCCGGAGAGGAGAGCCAGCCGGCGCCACGGAGGCCGCGCGCCCACCACCACCUCCACCACCCUCUUUCUCUCUACAUCCAUCGUCGUAUUUCGCAAUUAAUCGCUCUGCUUUGCUUUUGUUUCCUCUUUUGUUUUUUAGGAAGAUGUGGUUCGAGAUACUGCCCACCUUCAUGAUAGUCUUCGUUGCCAUGGCCAUCCCGCACUACGCAGCCCGCGGUUUGAACUGGCUUAUCGUGGGUAACUCCUAUCGUCGCCAACUGCUCACCGGCUCCGAGACCACGAAUUACUUGAGGGAUUCACGGCUCACAGGACAUCCCUACAAGAUUCGCGGUCUCGACUCUCUCUUCGAGGAAGAGGCCCGUGAUGACGACGAAGAAUGCUACGACGGUGAUGACGAUGAUAGCAAUAAUAAUAAGAAAGACGGCGGAAAGGAUGAUUAGCAUGCGGAGCGCGUGGUGUUGUUUUCGCAUUGCAAUUAGCGCUGAGGUCAGCCGGCUAUAAAUAGGCGCAAUUAAAAAUUAUGAUUUGAUUCGAUAUUUGCGAGACAUGUAAAUUAUUUAAAUAAAUAAAAUGGAAACAAAAAAUACGUACGAGGAACAACAAAAUUUAAUAAUAAACGAAGCAUCCUUCUGACUCGCGCGCUGCGGCGCUAACAGUCGUUGCGGUUGGCGGAGGGCCAACGGGCAGUCGGGGCGUCGCGACGCCUAAGUAUGGACGACGAAUUCCUGAUGGUCGAGAACCAUCUUCUUUCUCUCGCAUUGCAUUGGAGGAGCACCGAUCUACUUAGGUGGUUAAAGAAGAGAUCUUCAGCUGCUACAAAAUGGUAACAGCGUCAGAGAAGAAAUUAGAUACGACUUUGCUACAAUUUGUACAACUGGUACCGAUUAUUUUAAGUUUUUUUUUUAUAAGAGUCUCCUAUUAAUCCUAUCUUUAGUCACUUGCAGCAUGGUUAAACCGAAACCCUACAGCUGCGAGAAACUGUACAUGACUUUACUCGUAAAACCGGAACUAUAUUUUUUUUUUAAAUCCUAUUAAUAUUACAAAGAUUAUUAAAGAACUUUGUAAUUACAAAACUGGAAUAUUAUUUAUUUUUUCAUGUAAUAAACACAUUCACGCUAUGGCUACUAAUUUGGUUAAUCAGAAAUACAAAACUGGAAGCGGAAAACUAAAUGAAUGUAAGUUUUUUUUUAGCUAUUGAAAUGCUUAGAAAUAAACUCUAAAUACAAAAAUCAAGUGCUCCUGUUAAUCUUAUCUUUAGCAAUAUACAUAGUUAUAGAGAAGAUGUAAUAAAGUGUCAUCAUCGAUUUAAAAUAAUAGUAAAUUUGUAAAUCUGAAUAAAAAAAAUAUUAUUUUAAAUUUA